AUGGCCUCUCUAUCAAACGAACCUUUGCUUUCGGACCGACCUCCUUCUACCGAUAUACUAAGCACUACGGCUAAAGGAGAUGACGCAAGCCAAGAUAAGUUAAUUGAUAAAGCAAUUGAGAAUCAAGCGAUUGAGGGUCAAGCGGCUGAAGGUCAGGCGGCUAAGGGUCAGGCGGCUGAAGGUCAAGCGGCUGAGGGUCAAGCAGAUGAGGACGAAGCACAAGAAGGUGAAGCAGAUACAAUACGCGGCGAAAGCGUAGAAGAAGAAAACUUAAAUUUGCAAGGUGAACAAAAAAUUCCUGACCCCACUUUUGCUGAGCGCCGCGCUACUACAACUCGACAGCUAUCCGAAAUUCCUGAAACCCCGCGCGGUAUUGCAAGUCCACAACAAAGAACCGAUUUAUCCCCGUCCCUUUCUCGCCGAAUUUCUCAAGGUCAAGCUAGUGACGCUCUUCAAACACCAACAAACUCUCGCGCAAAUACAGACCAGCACUUAUCAUCUCCUAGACCUCGAUCCGCAAACGCAGUCAGAUAUACUCCGGCUAUUCAAUCCGAAAUGAACAAAGGCAUCGUUCCUGACAAUACUAGCAUGAGUACUAACAGCUUUCAAAACAAUUCUUCUGCAGCUGCUGAACCUUCUUCUGCUUCUACUAGCAAUCGCAUUAAAAAAGCUUUCGCGCAAAAAGCUCUUAAAGGGUCUCUCACUGUCUCGGGCCUAAUUAUAGCUACAAAAACCGCGACGAGGACGAUGCCUUAUAGUGAUACAGAUGAAGAAGAGCAAGGCGAUGAUGAGGAAAACUCAACUAAAAAAUCACUCUCGACGGCUAGAGCUGCUCGCUCCGUUCCAUCAGCUGGCAAAUCACCUUCGGCAGCUAAAACUUCUUUUCGUCAAAAAUCCAAAAAAGGCAAGUAUCUUAAGAAGUCUGUAGUUGUUGCGAAAAAAGGAGGUCUAAGCCAACGAAAGCGCCGUCGCUAUAAGCCAGGAAACUUUAAAUUUCAAAGCGGUGCUUUAGAAUGUUUACAAGAAGCUUUAGAGGCAUUCCUCGUAAGAGAGUUUGAAAUGACGAACUUAUGUGCUAUUCACGCUAAACGAGUAACGAUUUAA